AUGGAGGUCCCGGAUAGGGUCUUCGAACCGCUAUCUUCGCUGAGGAAUCUCGAUUUGUCUGCAAACUUCAUUACCCACAUCUCCAAGGAUAGCUUCUCCGGAUUGGUGCAACUCGAGAGGCUGUAUCUCCACGGCAACCGUAUCAAGAGCAUCCAAUCGGAGGCCUUCAAGGGUCUGGAGGAUCUUCUGGAAUUGAAGCUCCAGGGGAACCAGUUGACCGGUCUCCCGAUGCUCCGUCUCCCCAGGCUUCUCCUCCUCGAUCUCAGCUUCAACUCUCUCCCGAAGCUGGGUCCCCAAGACCUCCAGACCCCCCACCUCGAGUCGCUCAAAGUGGCUGCGUUGGGGCUCACCACCCUGGACUCGGAUCUGAUGGCCUCCUUGGGGAACCUCCAUGACCUUGAUGUGUCCCAGAACCAGCUGGAGGGGAUGCCUGAAGCAUUGAAGGCCACCCGGGGGCUGAUCAGGCUCAGCCUGGCUGCCAACCCCAUUGGGGAGCUCCGGAACGAGGACUUCCAGGUAAAUACAUUUUCUUAAAAAUGUGUCAAAUAGUCCUGUAAUUGAUGGGUCGAUAACAUACGGCUUAUUCCCUGAAACUGCUCCAUGGGCUUUACUAUGGCAAGCUUCUGGUCCAACCUAUCCAAACUCCCUGUGUUUGUAUGUUUUUUAGUGGGGUUGGGAUAAACCAGAAGUCACAUUUCUGUUGGACAUUUGUGAACAUUGGACAAUAAAGUAUUCUUCUUUUUCUUCUUAUUUUCCAGAGUCUGGUGGGUCUCCAGGAGCUGGAUAUCAGUGGGCUGAACCUCCAGGGCUUGCCCCAGGGUUUCUUCCAGCUCUUCCCCAGGCUGGGGCACCUCACGGCGGCCGAGAAUCCCUUCAAUUGUCUCUGUAUUCUGGCCUGGUUCCCUAGCUGGCUGAAAGAGAAGAACGUGGAUCUGGGACGCACAGAAGAGACAAGGUGCCACUUCCCACCGGUGAAUGCUGGCAAGGUAUUGUCUUAUUUAUUUUUUAUUCUAAUAUUUUAUGUAUUUUUAUAAUUUUUUUAUCUAUUCAUUUCAUGUAUUAAAUAUAUUAAAUAUUAAAUAUAUUUUAUAAAUGUUUCCUGUGAAACACAUUUAGUUGCUGGCUUUUAUAAAAUGGGAUACAAAUAAAGUUAGAUUUGAUUUGAAGGUGCUGGCGGAGCUGGACCAUCAAGAUUUCGGCUGUCCAGCUACGACCACUGUCAUGACGAGUGCCCUAGAGGAGGGGAGUACGUCCGCACCCCCCAUUCCGACUACAUCCCCUGGAACCACCCAUACCAACGCCUUCCCCCCACCUCCGCCAUUCCCUAGUGAUGAACCAUCCUCAACGGAGACAGGCAUUGAGAGUCGUCCCCCUCCCCCUCCUCCAGCUUCUCCGACUUCCACUUCCAGGGACCAGGGGGACGAGGGCCACAUCUGCCCGCCGAACAUCUGCCUCAAUGGGGGUACGUGCCGUUUCGAUCCUCUGGGACAGCUUGGAUGUCUCUGUCCACGCAGAACUACGGGCCUGUACUGCGAGAACCUGGAGGAGUCGUCUAACCACAACGACCCCCCGCCCCAACCCUCCGCCCCCGAGGUUUUGGCCUCCAUGGUCGCCCCCAUUGUAACCUCUGAUCCCAAUGACAUCAGUUCCCGUCAGGUGACCUCCACGUCCAUCCUCCUCGACCUGCACCAUUUCCUCGAGACGAGGCCGCACAUCCGUGGGAUUAAGCUGACCUACCGGAACCUCUCAGGGCCCGACCGGCGCCCCAUGUACCUCAGCGUCCCCGCCUCGUACCCAGAAUACACCCUCCGAGGGCUCCGGCCCAACUGUACCUACUCGGUGUGCGCCAGCCCCCUGGGAGAGAGGGUGAAUGGGGGUGGAGGUGGUGGAGGUAGCCCUACCGAGGGUGGGUCUUGUAUGGAGGCUCGUACUGAGGGAGGUCCCCAGGCUUCGUCCUUGGAGCCCCAGGUGGAUGAUCAGAGCCAGCUCACCUACACCCUCAUCCCAGCCUUGGCUGCUCUCGCCCUGGUCACGGGGGUUGCGGUGGUGGCCGUCCUGGUUCUUUUCCUCCGGAGGAGACGGGCUAAGGCGGCCCACAUGGAGCUGGAAGGGGGUGGGAUGGGACCAAUGGAACUGGAGGGCCUUAAGACUUGUCUGGAGAACGGCGGGGGGAACGGGGGCAUGCUACCCCAAAAGGGAGCAGAUAUUUCCCCCUGUCAUACCUCCAUCCCGACCCAGCCACAAAAUGGAGGAUCGUCACAUCCCCUUCCACAAAAUGGUGGUUUAGAAUAUGAGGUCCCCCUCAUGCAGGGACAGGGACAGGGGCACUGUUCAUCAAAUAAUAAUGUGGCAUCCUUGAAGCCAUCGUAUUUCUAG